CUGGUUGGGGGCGGUAUUCCGGCUCUGCUGCUGUUCGAAGAUGGCGACGGAGAGGCAGAGUGAAGAUCGUUUUUGUAGAAAUGUUUAAUUAGAUAGGAAUUUAAUAAAUCACGCUGCUUUGCAAAUUAUCGGUUGGAUCUUUUGACAAAGAAGAUUUGGCAGUAGAAGAUGAACCGUGCCUCGCUAUGGGCUGUGAUUAAGCUGAAUGCAUUGUGAUUUCCAAUAAUUGAGACAGUGAUUCUAACAAGCUGUCUACAUUAAUGAAAAGAACAGUGUCGUCAGCUUAACAUAAUCACCAGUGUCCCAUGACUGAGUAGCAAAUACGUUGUUUUAUUUUUAGUACAGAAUUCAGAGGAAAUGUUUUAACUUCUGCAUGUCAUUGAAUAGUUGUAAAGCUUAAGUCUGUUCAUUUUCAGCGUUAUUUGCAAAGUAAUAUUAAAUCUGACGUUUUUUUUUCACUGCUGUAAAAAGUAACAAGUAGUAUUAAAAUUGAAAAAAUGGAGACGCAUGAAAUUGUACCUCCCCUUCCGCAAGAGCUACCUGAACCCAUGAGCUUGGAGAGCCCUGAUUGCCCCCCGCCGCUCCCGCCAGUUCCGAUGCAGCCUCCACCACCUCCCCUGCAAACGUCCAGUGACGCAGAGGUAAUGGACGUUGGCUCCGGUGGUGAUGGACAGUUAGACUCCCCAGCAGGGGACCGCAAAACGAUUGGCACGGCACCGCUUCACACAAAGGGAUCGGGUUCCUUCAGCAGCCGUCUUACAGAGGAUACAGAAACCAGCGUCGUGAACCCUAGAACCGCUCGGCACGCGCCUCCCGUCUCCAGCUUCUUACCCAAUUUAAAGCUGCUUAAAGAUGUAAAAAUCCGUGUGAGUUUUACAGAGAGCUGUAGAAGCAAGGACAGGAAAGUCCUGUACACAGGACAUGGUCAGGAGGUGGAGGCAGAAGCCCAUCUCGGUCACGAUAGCUUAAACGGUGACUUGCAUGAGAGCGAUCUUUGCAGUGCUAGUGGUUCGGGCUCUCUGGGUGAGUCAAGCUUAAAUCGGGAAAAUAAAUGUGAGAAUGCAGAGGUUGAUCAGGAGACGAAAGUAGAGUUUGCAGUUCUGGAUGAACUGGAGGAUUUCACUGAGAAUUUUAUGGAAACCGACGAUGGCGAGAGAGCGGGCUUCCAGUCGGAGGCGAUCGUUCAGCAUGAGCCUGUGGAUGAGGAGCUCCUCAAUUACUCGUACGAGGACGAUUUCGAUAAUGAUAUUGAUGCCCUGCUGGAGGAGGGGCUCUCAGUUCCUAAAAAAAAGAUGCGGAUGUCUGAGUCUGACAAGUACGGUGGAGGAGAGAGCGACCAUCAGUCAGAGGGGGAGAUGAGUGUGCAGCCAAUGAUGACCAAAAUCAAAACUGUGCUUAAAAGUCGUGGCCGCCCCCCUACGGAGCCCCUUCCUGACGGGUGGAUUAUGACAUUCCAUAACUCUGGCAUUCCCGUGUACCUUCACAGAGAAACACGCGUUGUUACCUGGUCCAGGCCUUACUUCCUGGGAACAGGGAGCAUAAGGAAACAUGAUCCUCCAACCAGUACCAUUCCUUGCCUGCACUACAAAAAAAUUAAGGAACGGGAAGAAAGGGAACAAAAUGGUGAGGUGACGCCAAACGGAGAAACCUCCCCCGUGAAGGCAGGAGUGCUGGACACCUGGGACAGGGCUGAUGAGCCAGACUCCACAGCUCCUGAGGAAUCCGCUGCAGCCGGUCUGGGACCUGCUGCUGGCUCAGCCUCCACCGAACUGCUCUCGGAGGAAAGGGAGGCUCCGGCCAGCGAGGCAGCCCAGGGAGCACUGUGCCAAGUGAAGGCCAAGGUAGAAGUGUGCAAAGACGAAUCCAUAGAUGUUGAAGAAUUUCGGAAGUACCUGGAAAGGCGGUUCGACUUUGAGCAAGUUACCGUGAAGAAGUUUCGAACCUGGGCCGAGAGGCGCCAGUUUAACAGGGAGAUUAAGCGCAAGCAGGCUGAAGCUGAGAGACCCAUCCUGCCAGCCAAUCAGAAACUGAUUACUCUGUCCGUGCAAGACGCUCCAACAAAGAAAGAGUUUGUUAUUAAUCCUAAUGGGAAAUCAGAAGUUUGCAUCCUACAUGAAUAUAUGCAGCGGGUUCUCAAGGUCCGCCCAGUUUAUAACUUUUUUGAAUGUGAAAAUCCCAGUGAACCGUUUGGAGCUUCAGUUAUUAUAGACGGCGUGACGUAUGGAACAGGAACUGCAAGCAGUAAGAAACUCGCCAAGAAUAAAGCUGCUCGAGCUACACUGGAAAUCCUCAUCCCUGACUUUAUAAAGCAGACCUCUGAGGAGAAGCCUAAAGACACAGAUGAACUUGAGUAUUUUAACCAUAUCAGUAUCGAGGACUCGAGGGUGUAUGAACUCGCAAAUAAAGCUGGAUUACUGUCGCCAUAUCAGAUUCUCCAUGAGUGCCUUAAGAGAAACCAUGGGAUGGGUGACACCAGCAUCAAGUUUGAAGUGAUACCUGGUAAAAACCAGAAGAGUGAAUACGUCAUGACUUGUGGCAAGCACACUGUGAAAGGCUGGUGUAAAAAUAAGCGAGUGGGAAAGCAGCUGGCCUCUCAGAAAAUCCUGCAGUUGCUGCACCCCCACGUGAAGAACUGGGGGUCCCUUCUACGCAUGUACGGCAGGGAGAGCAGUAAGAUGCUGAAAAAGGAAAAUUCAGACAAAAGUGUGAUUGAACUUCAGCAGUAUGCCAAAAAGAACAAGCCAAACCUUCACAUCCUGAACAAACUGCAAGAUGAAAUGAAGAAACUGGCAAAGGACCGGGAAGAGACCAGGAAGAAGCCAAAGAUGACGAUAGUGGAAUCGGCACAGCCUGGCAGCGAGCCUCUGUGUACUGUUGAUGUUUAAGAAACUGCGCCCAGGAGAUCAAAGUGGCACAGAAAACAAGUCUUGCAACCAACAACCCUUUACUGCAGAAUGCAAAGUCAACUCCCACCUCUCUAAAGUGUGCACUGUAUGAGAGGGACAUGGCAAUAUUACUCCACUGGUGGGAUGCCUUGAUCUUGAGUACUGUUAAGAAUUACUGGUACAUUGGUUUUUAUGGUGAGUCUUUUUUUUUCCCCACAACGUGCUCGCAGAUGCAAUACAGCUCCAAUGGGAAUGCUUGUUUUUAUAAGGUGCUAGAAAUUACUUGCACCCCCCCCCCCUCCAGCACUCAAAUACAUAUUAAAAAAACCUUUUAAUUAAGUAAUAAAUCAAUAAAUAUGUGUUGACGUCUGCAACAGGAAACGGAUGCAUUUUUAAAAUAUAUAUAGUUUAAACCAAAUGCAGUAGAGAGGGUUUCAUGUUGUAUCUGCAUCUGUCUUAAUGUUUAAUGUUGGCUUCAUUGAAACGUAAUGGGUAUGUUUUAACAUUAGUUUAAGAAUUGGAAACAGUAAGGGAAUGCUUUUUUUUCCAUUUUUAUUUUCUCAAAGAACUGCUGUGUUUUGAUUAGCCUUUGUGGACAUGCAGAAUGGAACAGGAAUCUUGCAGCAUAUUUUUCCUUUAAUUGCUGACCAGUUAAGCUAUUAAGAUUGCACUGGACUGCAAAGUAAACCAGAGCACGAGCGCUUGAGAAUACUUUUCCUGGGGUGUGAAAGGGCCAAGUACAAAUGAUUCAUAUUAUUAUUGUAUUACUAUUAUUUCUGCAUCAAAGGGGUAGGAAAAGCAUGUUUUGUUGAACUAUAAACUAUAUGCAUAUUCAAAGCUUUGAUGGAUUGCUAAAAAAUAAAACGCUACAUAAAUAAUCAUUUAACUUUAAGAAAAAAACACAAAAACAAGUCAAGGUGGCUCAGUUAUCAAAACUAAGGCAGCACGUACUCAAUGGUAAAUCAGGUCAUGUAGGGCUGUAAUGUCAUGACAACUCCUAUUGGCACAAAUAAAACAAUUUUAGGGCGGAUGUAUUUCUCAAAAGCUCUAAGUAGAAUGGCACAUGUUUCCUUAACAAAACUUAUUUCGUUUUCACGAAGGGUUAUUGUCUUCAAACAAGGGGAGUAGAAGCUGAAAGUCCUUGUAGUAACCCUAGGGUUAACAGUGUAAGCCCUUUUCUUAAGAAGGGUGAGGUACAACACAUGUUUGCUGGAGUUAACAACUGAAAUGUUUCUGGUGGAACACCGCCUUUAGCAUGUAUUGAGUUAGAUUACUUGUCUUAAUGGUGUGAGUAUGCCUGUAUUUGUAACUUUUGACAAAAUCUUAACAAUUGCCCUUUUCUGUUCAUCACAAAUCUAGUCAAGUUAUUUUACACAGAAGGUACAUUGUGUGUGUGAGAUGCAGUGAUAACUUUAGGCAAUCGCCUAACAAGAAAAAGGUACCAGCCUUUAGCUCGAUCAAAAAUGUGUACGUCUUUCUUAAGAUUAAAAAGACCCACUACUAUCUCUAUAGAGCAUUAAACAUGCAUUGUGAACCAAAGCUUCAAUAAUAUCGUCUUAUGCAUUUUCUAUAGGAUAGCUUAGUUUGCUGCAUUGAAAAUAAAAUUAAAAAAAACAGGAGAGAAAAAAUGCAAUAACUGCUGGAACAAAAGUCAUUUCAACUGCUGUACACUGUCAUUUUGUGAAGUAUUUCAGUGUGCGCGCGCCUUUUUCUUAAUGUUUACUACGUUUGUGUGUGUGGGGUGUGUUAAAAUGCCAUUGCUCACUGUGGCAUGUAAGCUCAAAGCAUAUGUACAAUAGGGAAUAGAUGGAUGCUUCUUAAGAGUGCUUUUUCAUGCAAUUGUUUGUCUGGAGAGAGAACUGACAUUUUACGCCUUUUGUCUCUCUUGCAAAAUGUGUGUGUUUCGCUGUAGUGUGUGGAGAAAUUGAAGCUUUCUUUUUUAUUACCUGGUACAGUCUGACUUGUAACUUUUGCUAGAGACGCUGCCUAGACGAUGAAGUAUGUCCUGUAAUGUGACUGAAGUGCGCUGACUUUUUCAAUGAAAUUUGUUUAUGCAAAUAAACCUAAGCUCAAU